CGACGCAUUACUCGCCCAACGACGCUAUAUUAUUCAAUAUUCAUCAUAUUUUUUGAUUUACAUAAUUACAUCUCCGUCAAUUAUAAAAAGAGUACAAUUUUGAAUAAAAUUGGUCCGUGUGAACUGUUAUCAAAAAUAUGAACAAUUUUCAAUCUCUGAACACUGAUGGUGGCCGUACAGUACAAAUGAAUGUGGACUUCAGUGCUAAGCUUGAUGAAACAAUUCCUGUCGCUGAAAGUUUGGCUGCCAGCGGAAACUAUGUAGAAGCAUUGGCAAUGUUAUUCUUGCUUAAAAAUCAAGUUAGAAAGGAAACUCAUAUAAAUUCAACUAUUCGACUUUUCACAACUAUGAGAAAAAUAUAUUCACAAGUUAAAGAUAAGGAAACACUGCAGAAAAUUGAGAUAAGAUCUAUGAUUAUACAAUAUUGGAAUAACCCUGACCAAAUAGAGUUCAAAGAAACAAAAUUGAAAUCAAAUGUAUCUCCUAGAGUCGUUACUGAAGGAAAGAUAUGUGUGGAAUCAGAUACAGCUCAAAAUACACAAAAGUUGGCUCAAAAUAAAGAAGAUGAAGUCGAUGUAACUGGUGCUACAAGUAUCACUCAAGAAUUGCAGGUCGAUGAUUCUAUGAAAACACCAGAAGAAGAUGAACUAUUAAAAUGCAAGAAGAACUAAACAAUAACAUACUUAAAAAUACUCAAUUAGAAUCAGUACAUGAAUAAUAAUACUAUAAAUGAAUACAAAAAUUAAAAAAUUAAAUUACAGGAAGUAAUAAAUAAUAAUAAACAAUUUAUGAUUAAUAACCUUAAAUAGUAAUUAUUAUAAAUACAAAUAUUUUCUAUAAGAAAUCAUAUUAAAACUCAUAAAAAAACCAUGUGGAAAAAUGUUUCUUAAAUAUAUAAAGUGGUAAAUUUACUUAUGCCAUCUUUUGGUAUUAAGUUAUUUAAUAUUGUUAAAAAAAUAGGUCAUAUUAUUGUAUACCUGUACAUGUGUUUGAAUACCAAUGUCCUACAAAAUUUUUGUAUGCA